AUGGGGAAUUGCGUGUGGAGGGCGUUGCCAGGGACGGCUGGAGGGCAGGGCCAGGGCCAGGGCCAGGCCGUAAGGGUGGUGACGUCCACUGGAGGCAUCAUGGAGUUCCACUCCUCCGUCACCGCCGAGCGCAUCACCAACGAGUUUCCCGGCCAGGGGAUCUUCCAAGGCUACCCGUCCCCCGGCCCCCUCCUCCACAACGAGACCCUCGUCGGCGGCCACCUCUACUACCUCCUCCCUCUCGACCACCGAACGAAGGACGAAGCCGCAGCCUCCGCCGACACCGCUCCUCCGACCGUCUACGGCGCGGCGCCGUACAGAAUGUCGUUCGACAGCAACGUCCUCUUCGGGAGGUGGAGGAGGGCGGGGGCGGAGGCGUUCCCGCUGUGCCAGAAGGCGUCGUCGGGGGUGUGGAAGGUGAAGCUGGUGAUCAGCCCGGAUCAGCUGGCGGGGAUCCUGGCGGAGCAGUCCCACACCGAGGCCCUCAUCGACAGCGUCCGGACGGUGGCCAAGUGCAGCGGCGGGUACCCUCCUCCGCCGUCCAGCUCCGACGAGUGGAGCCUCUCCAGCGGCCGCCGGACCUCGGAGCGCGAACGCUAA